GUAUGUGUCAAACAUCCAACGCUGGCAAAUCCAGUCCACUCCUUUACAAAUCAUAUGGUUUAUAGCUUGGCAUAUGUGACCGAUUUGGUCAGCCGGACUUCGGAAACUCUUUCUGCCUUUAAUUUCUGCAUCCUGCAAUGCACUCUGGGACUUCUCUGUGAUCUUGUUUCCCUGGAAACAUGGCAUCGGACAACCGGGCAGGACAUGCUGCUGAAGAGGCAGCUACUCUCCCGCUGGACAUCGACAACAUGCACAUGCUUCUGCAAGUUGAACAGGAGCAGAUUCAGAAGAGAACAUUCACCAACUGGAUCAAUGCACAGCUCUCCAAGAGGAAGCCACCAUGUGCAGUACUAGACCUGUUUAGUGAUUUUCGAGAUGGGUCUCGGCUACUGGACCUGCUGGAGGUUAUGAGUGGUCAGAGGAUGAGUCGGGAGAAAGGCCGAGGUUUCUUCCAGGAAAGAAGCAACAUCGAGGCAGCCCUGUCCUUUUUAAGGAGGAAAUCAAUCAAACUGGUAAACAUCCACAUUCCUGACAUAAUUGAUGGCAAGCCCUCCAUCAUCUUGGGUCUUGUGUGGACCAUCAUCCUCCACUUUCAUAUUGAGGAGCUGGCCAGCACGCUGUCCUUCACCUCACGCCAGUCCUCCAUAGAGUCACUGGCCAGCCUGGACUCCAGCUCGGUGGCCAGCAGCGGCUCUGCCCCCCGCCGUGGCUCUCCGCUGCACACGCGCUUUCGCAUCUCUGCCAAGAAGGCCUUGCUGCUGUGGGUCCGUGAACAGUGUCAGAGGGCCGGUUGUACCCUCAACGUCAAGGACUUUAAGUCCAGUUGGCGGAGCGGUGUGGUCUUCCUGGCCAUCCUACACUCCCUUCGUCCCAACCUGGUGGAGCUGUCAAAGGCUUGGAACAGAACCAACAGGCAGAACCUAGAAGAAGCUUUCCGGAUCGCGGAGAAGGAGCUGCAGAUCCCCAGGCUCCUGGAGCCUGCAGAUGUAGACAUUAGAGACCCAGAUGAAAAGUCCAUAAUGACGUAUGUGGCUCAGUUCUUGCAGUACUCAAAAGAAAUGCCUGUGUCGGAGGAAGAGAUGCAGACACAUUACUUGACUCCUCCUAAGUGCCUCUCUCCUAUCAGCCUUCCCACCCACUUCACCCCUGCUGUUGGUGCCUCCCCCCUGCGCCAGCAGACCUCUGCCAAUGAGAAGGCCAGAGAGGUGACUGGCUGGCUGCUGCAAGCCUAUGAGGAACUUCUGGAGGGGUGGGAUUCCACGGAGGGAGAGAGCUACGCCGAGAGGUACCACGUCUUCCAGACCUUCUUGACAUCUUUUAAUGAACAACGGAGGCCAGUUAUGCCCCUGCUGACCGCCAUGCGCCGAACCCCCCAGCUGAGCAAGGAGCAGCGUGCCCUGAGAAGUGCUUGGGACUCGCUGGCAGAGAAGCUGCGGAAAUACAAAACGGAACUGGACCUGAACCUGCCUGCUCCCCUGGACUCUGUGGGCCACUGGCUGCUUCGUGUAGAAGAGGUGCUGGCGACAGAGAUUGGUGAUGCCCAAGACCAUGACCAAGCUUCUCAGGAGGCUCGGAACAAGCUGGACCUUCUCAAGACAUCAUUGGAGGAGAUGGGUUUUCAGCUGAGGACUGUGAAGACUUUCCACAACAUGGAUGAAUACGGAGCUAUUUUGGUGCCCACAGACAAGCUGGAUGAGCUGAAGAGAAGGUUCACUAGUAUAAGGGUUACGGCCAAGUACCACAGCAUCAAGCUGGAGUACCAGGAAUACCGGCACAUGGUUCUGCAUCUGCUGAGCCGCAUCACAGACAAGCUGCGGACCUGGAGGAGACCCUGCGGCUCCCAGGAGGCUGUGCGUGUGCUCCUGCAGGACUGGCAUGACACUGUGGAGAAGGAGGAUCUGCUUUCCCUUCUGGAGGCCAAUCUGCAGAAGCUGAAGCUGAUAGCCAGCAGAUACACAAGCAAGUCAGCACUUGCUGCUGACAACAAACAGAUCAGCCAGCAGGUGAAGGAGGCAGAGACUGAGGCUACAGCAAAAAUGGAGGAAGUGCCAACAGCGAGGGCCUUCUUGGGACGUGUGCUGUCUGCAUGGGACUCUUACCAUGAGGCCAGCAGCUCUAUACAUGCCUGGCUGCAGCAGGACACUCAGUCCCAUUUCCCCUCUCAGACAAUAGAGGGGAGCCCUGAAGCGACAGCCGAGUGGAGGUCCCUCCAGACGCAGCUAACCGAGGUGGGGGUUUUCCUGACUGAGGUGACCGAUCCGCGGACGCGCCGUCUCCUGGCUGACGAGCUACAUAAGGUUAACACGCAGUGGGCUGACUUUGUAACGAGAAACGAAUUGGCUGCUGUUUCCCAGCCUGGCAACAGCCAGGAAAGUCCCCAGGCUGUUCAGGCCCUGAUGCGGGAAGCUGCCCAGCUGAUGAAGGAGCCUGUGGAGGUGUCAUCCGGGCCCCUGCGCACAUACCGAAAGAGGUUGCAGUUUAUGUUGAAGAGGUUUGAGAAGGUAGACCUGGAUGAUCUUGUCCCAUCUCUAGACUGUACUUCUGAGAUGUUGCAGAAACUCAGACUCUCCCUCCCUGAGGUGAUGCACACAAUUUGUGAGGCAGAGAGUGUCUGUGAGGAGCUGCAGCGGAGUGUAUCUGGACUAGACAGCCGGCUGGCUGAGUUGCAACUUUGGGAGGCGGAGGCCAGAGAACUGUACUGCCACCUGCUGGAGGGGGAGGUCAAGUACAGCAGGGGGCAAGAUCCCAGGGCCAGGGACAUGAUCUCUCGUGGACUGCAGCUGGAGGGUCAGGCGGUGACGGAGGAGCAGGACCUGCAGGUCAUGGUUAUGUCAGCGCAGAAGAACUCGCCAUUGCAGUAUCUGAUCGCAAGUGUGAUGCAGGAUAGAGUGAGAGCGGCUGUGGUCCAGUCUCAGGAGGCUGUCGGGCUGCUCAGCUCUCUGGGAUCCAGGCGAGACAGGAGUCCCACCGGAGAUCAGCCACCACCUAAGAUUUUUGUACAAAUGUGCACUGAAGAAGGAUCAGAAAUGCCUGACCGUGUUCAGGCACAGACCCUGCAACCCCAAGCUCUGCCACAGGAUGAACCCCAUCUUUCUUAUAUAUCUGGAGACCAUGCAGAGGCACAGGAGGAGGCUCAGUCCACAUCUGACUUUAGUACUCAUGAUUCCACAGAGCUCCCACCACAGGUCCAAACCUACUCGUAUUUGCAGGGUAUGACUGAGGCUCAGCUGCCUCCCCAGCUUCAGCCAGAGCCCAUUCAGCCUAGUGUAUUUACCCAGACCAAGAAUCAGCAGCAACCUCAAACUAAAUCUCAAGCCCAAACUGAACCCAAAAGUCCUCAACGACAAAUUAGCACCAGACCCUGGGCUAAUAAAAACCCCGAGAGCCAGGUCCACACUGCAUCCUGGGUCUGUAACCAGACUCGGUCACCCUUCCCAGCUUCCUCCCAAACUUUGUCUGAAGGCCAGACCCAAGGUUACACUCAGCCACAGUUGCAGUCUGCACCUUGGCGCCACAUAGAAGCUGAAUCAUCUUUCACAGCUUCUUCCAUAACUCAAGCUGAAGCCCCAACACAUGGCUAUAAUCAACCAUGGGCUCAGGCUCAGUCCCAGGUUCCACCCAAAUCCUUAGCCUUAACCCCACUUGGAGCACAGGCCCAAACCUUGUCUCAGCUAUGGAUUCAGAAUCAACCUGUGGUCCAGGACCAAACCCAGUCCCGGCCCCACUGUAUUCCUGCCACCAGGGUUCCAGUUCUCGCACAGGCCCCUCCCCGGGCCUACACAGAGGCCUAUGCUAAGGCACAAGCGCUCGCUAGGGACAGAUUUGAGGAAGCCAAACAUUGUCUACAAGACCACAUCCUAGAGACUAUUAUGGCAUUCAAUGAUAAAAGUAUCUCUGAAGAGGAAAUUAUAAAAAAGGAGGAGACCCUGAGGACACUGGACCCUGAACUCUUGGAGGAGUUCUUGAGGGCAGCAGAGGGUAUGGAAGCCUUCUGCACCGAGGCUCAGCUCAGAGACCUGGAGUUCUUCACGCAGUCGGUCCAGACGCAGUGGGAGGCGUGUCUGUCUGCAGAGGGCAGCCUGGAGCAGGCCGGGCGGCACCUGGAAGCCUUGCGAGAGCUGUGCGACACCCUGAGCCCAGAGGAUGCACACCGCCUGGCCCAGGCCCAGCUCCGGGAGUGCGAGAGGCGACUGGCUGCCAUCCAGCGCCAAUUCAGCGGGGACAGUGACACACCCUCUGCAGGCUUAGGGUUCCCCACAGCGCCCAUGGAAAGCGACCCGCAGCAGAAAGUGUCUGUUCUGACUGCCAGUUCUCCAUGUAGCCCUGUCGGCUCAGAGAUGACUGCUGGUUUAGCAAGCUUUGAACAGAGGCAUCCGACUGAGAAGCUGGCUUCCAAACAGGAAAUGCUGAAGAACUAUCAGGCUUCCAGGACCGCACUCCAGGCUCAGCUGGCUAAAGUCCAGCAGCGUAUGUGGGCGGAGCUUACACCAGGCCCCGCCUCCUUAUCUGGCUUGCACUGCCUGCUGCAAGAAGUACAGAAUCUGAAACAAGAGACAGAAGAGCUCUGGGCGGAUUUCAAAAUCCAGUCAUCCCAUUGUUCCCAGUUAAAAGAGGAGGGGCCUGCCCUGGAACAGGACCUGCAUCAGCUGGUGCAGCAAUGGGAGAAGCCAAAGAUUGUUCUUCAGGAGAGAAUGAAAUCUCUCAAGGUGGCCCUGGGACUGCUGGACUCAGUGGAGGGCAGAUUCAAGCACAUCGCUGAACGUCUCCACCACUUCAUAGGGAGGCCCAGGGACAUCAGUGCUCUGAGGCUGCCUGAUGAUAACUCCCUGCAGGAAGCGAAGGAGCUGCAGGAGAGCAUUCAACAUGAGAUGGAUCAACUAUCAAGUUUACAUCGUGACGGGGGACAAGCGUUUCACAGCUUAUAUCCCCCGGAUCGCCGCCCAGUAACUUUCCUGGCAAAAGGAUUCAAGCAGAGUCUGGACCAGCUGAGGCAGCGUGUGAAGCAGUGUGAGACAGCUAUACGGGCUUUGGACCGCUUCCUUGUGUCACUCCAUGCUCUGGACCAGGACAUUGGCACUGUGCAGACGUGUCUCAGCGACGAUGUGGCCAUUAUACAGGACUGUCGUGCUCGACUGGCUGUGCUCCGGCAGAACAUGCAGAGCGUGGGGGCCAAGGCGCCUGAGCUGGACCAGCUUCUGCAGGGGGCCCUUAUGGUUCUGAACCCGGCCAGCUGUGCGGACGCUGUAGCAGCGCUGCAACGGAGGCUGGAGGAGGCAGACACAAAUCUGGCCGGGAGACAUCAGGAACUGCAACGGGAGCACGAGCGACGGGGCCUGGGGCUGAGGAAGAGGACCCUAAAGGGGGCGCUGUACGAGGUGCAAGCCGCGGCUGAGCGCCACGGCCUGAAGGAGCCCACGAUGCCAGCUGUGCAGCAGAGGAUGCGGGCCCUGACUGACUUGGAGAACCUGUUGGCUGCAUAUCAAUCCGAGCUGCAGAGCCUGCGAGAUGCAUCCGCGCAGCUGACGCCCAGAGUUGAUCAGGAGGCCUAUGAUUCCAUGAAGGAAUUGGAGAUUCAGUGGAAAGACUCGGGGAGAGCAGUGAUGGAGCGGCAGGAGCAGUGCCGUGUACUGAUGGAUCUCCUGAAGAAGUUCCAGAGUUGUCGCAGUGGCCUGAGCAACACCCUUCAGAGGGCUGAGCAGACCAUCGGCGAGCAGGCCUCAUACAUGGGCAAAGACAACCUGCAGCGUCUUAUCGCCACGGUCCAUGGUAUCAAAGAGGACCUGGGGGCCCUUGGGGAAGGAGUGGAGGAGAUUCGGGGAGUUUGCAGACAGCUGCAGUGUCAUCUGAAGAAAAUACCUGACUGCGCAGACGCCCCGUAUGAGAGCGAGGCCAAUGCACUGGUGGAUCGCUGGUUGGAUGUGUCAGAAAAGACGGACACACACAUGGACAACCUGCGGGUGGCACUGGAACUUUGGGACAAACUGCUACUGAUUGGGAGUGAGGUGGACAACUGGAUGGGGAGCAAAUUAGCCAUGUUUGCGGAGUCACAGCCCUUUCAGAAUGAGCAGGAUGUCGUAACCAUGCAGGUUGACAUUGUGAGUCAAGAAGAAAGUAUCAACCAUUUUCACAGGAAGUCUGCUGAGGUACAGGAGCUGCUUCAAAGCAAGGAGCCACCUCUGGAGUUACAGGUGAUAGAGACCCAACUACGGAAGAAGCUGGAGCAAGUAAAGGAGCUUUUCUCUGAGAGCAGCGACGUCUUUCGGGACCUGAUGGUGCUGAGGGAGAGGAUCGCGGAGAGGAUGGCAGAGUGCCAAGCGUCCCUGCGGGCAAUCCAGUCUUCCCUUAGCAUGCUCAAUGCCACGGAUGAGCUGCAGACACUCAGCCAGAUACAGGUGCUGUCCACGCAGCUGCGGACUCAGAUGGAGCAAGCGGAUGCCUUACUGCAGGAAGUCAGCCUUAUGGCCAGUGUGGCCAGCCCUCAAGCUUUGGAAGCCCUGGCUGCCGAUGGAGUCCGGCUCAAGGAGAGCGUGCAUGCUACCCAGGAGCUGAUUGGUCAGAAGAGGGAGCAGGUGGAGAAGGGCAUCCUGAAGGUCAUUGAUGACGAGUGUCAGGCCUUUGACCAGUGGUUCCAGGACCUGCAGCUGUCGGUGAAUGAGUACUUUGAGAACCCGGAGCAGAGGCAGGACUUGGAGGCAUCUGUUGAGAAACUAGCUGACUUCUUAGCUUACCAGGAGGGGGAGAAGAGACUCAACAGUCUGAAGGAGCAGGUCACUAGAGCUCAGGAGCGGCACCCCCGGGGGCAGGCAGAGGAGCUCCAUUCCUGGUUGGAGGAGCAGGAGGAGGAGCUGGCCACUUUCCGAGCCCACUGUCAGGACCGGCACAUGCAGCUGGAGACCUGUUUACGUACACUUAACAGUUUGCAGGAAGAGUCAAGUCAUCUCAGUGAAUGGCUGCAGACCAAGGAACACAAGUCAGCACGAGGCUGCGAACUUAGCCAUCUACAAGAGGAAGUACUCGGUCAAAGUGGCUCUUUUGAGAAUCUUGCAGACCUGGUUGAGUCUGUGCGGAGGCAGGGCCUGCGAGGUGACCGUCUGCUGAGGGACAGUAAUGACCUGCUGAACCGGUACCACAGCCUGCAGACCAAGCUGCGCAAUCAAGUUGAGGCAGAAAAUGCCCUGGCAAAGGAGAUCCAAGCCUUCCAAAUUCUUGCUGAUAGCACUCGAUUCUGGAUCAAAACCCUGCAGCAGCAAGCACAUGACUUCAGCACAGACGGUGAACGUGACAAGGUCCAGACUGAGAAGCAACUACAGGAAGUUCAGGAUCUCCUCAGUCUGAGGGCGGAAGGAGAUGCCAGGCUGCAGGACCUGAGGAGCAGUGGGCAGGAGCUGUCAGAGCAGCAGGAUCUGGAGGAGAGCAGGAGGACUGAGGUCCUGCAGAUACUGCAUGAUGCAGAACAAGAGUGGAAAGCAGUCAUGCAGUCUGCAGAGGAACUGCGUAGUCAAGUAGAGGCACAGAGAACCCUGGUCAUAGAGAGCCAGGCCUUCCAGAACCUGGCAGAUGGAACUUUGGCCUGGAUCAGAGACCUGCAGAAGCAAAUGGAGGCUCUGAACAGAGGCAGUAAGGGCAACCAGGCAGAGAUUGAGGAGCGACUGCAGAGAGUCCAGGAUCUCCUCAGUCUGAGGGCUGAAGGAAAUACCAGACUGCGGGACCUGAGGAGCAGUGGGCAGGAGCUGUCAGAGCAGCAGGACUUGGAGGAGAGCAGGAGGACUGAAGUCUUACAGAUACUGCAUGAUACAGAAGAAGAGUGGAAAGCAGUCAUGCAGUCUGCAGAGGAACUGCGCAGCCAAAUAGAGGCACAGAGAACCCUGGUCAUAGAGAGCCAGGCCUUCCAGACCCUGGCAGAUGGAUUUUUGGCCUGGAUCAGAGACCUGCAGCAGCAAAUGGAAGCUCUGGACAGAGGCAGUAAGGGCAACCAGGCAGAGAUUGAGGAGAGACUACAGAGAGUCCAGGAUCUCCUCAGUCAGUGGGCUGAAGGAGAUGCAAGGCUGCGGGACCUGAGGAGCAGUGGGCAGGAGCUGUCAGAGCGGCAGAACAUGGAGGAGAGCAGGAGGACUGAGGUCCUGCAGAUACUGCAUGAUGUAGAACAAGAGUGGAAAGCAGUCAUGCAGUCUGCAGAGGAACUGCGCAGCCAAACAGAGGCACAAAGAACCCUGGCCAUAGAGAGCCAGGCCUUCCAGACCCUGGCAGAUGGAACUUUGGCCUGGAUCAGAGACCUGCAGCAGCAAAUGGAAGCUCUGAACAGAGGCAGUAAGGGCAGCCAGGCAGAGAUUGAGGAGCGACUGCAGAAAGUCCAGGAUCUCCUCAGUCUGAGGGCUGAAGGAGAUACCAGACUGCGGGACCUGAGGAGCAGUGGGCAGGAGCUGUCAGAGCAGCAGGACUUGGAGGAGAGCAGGAGGACUGAAGUCUUACAGAUACUGCAUGAUACAGAAGAAGAGUGGAAAGCAGUCAUGCAGUCUGCAGAGGAACUGCGCAGCCAAAUAGAGGCACAGAGAACCCUGGCCAUAGAGAGCCAGGCCUUCCAGACCCUGGCAGAUGGAUCUUUGGCCUGGAUCAGAGACCUGCAGCAGCAAAUGGAGGCUCUAGACAGAGGCAGUAAGGACAACCAGGCAGAGAUUGAGGAGCGACUACAGAGAGUCCAGGACUUCUUGAGUCUCAGGAUUGAAGGAGAUGCAAGGCUGCGGGACCUGAGGAGCAGUGGGCAGGAGCUGUCAGAGCAGCAGGAUCUGGAGGAGAGCAGGAGCACUGAGGUCCUGCAGAUACUGCAUGAUGCAGAACAAGAGUGGAAAGCAGUCAUGCAGUCUGCAGAGGAACUGCGCAGUCAAGUAGAGGCACAGAGAACCCUGGUCAUAGAGAGCCAGGCCUUCCAGACCCUGGCAGAUGGAUCUUUGGCCUGGAUCAGAGACCUGCAGCAGCAAAUGGAAGCUCUGAACAGAGGCAGUAAGGGCAACCAGGCAGAGAUUGAGGAGCGACUGCAGAGAGUCCAGGACUUCUUGAGUCUCAGGAUUGAAGGAGACGCAAGGCUACGGGACCUGAGGAGCAGUGGGCAGGAGCUGUCAGAGCGGCAGGAUCUGGAGGAGAGCAGGAGGACUGAAGUCCUGCAGAUACUGCAUGAUGCAGAGCAGGAGUGGAAAGCAGUCAUGCAGUCUGCAGAGGAACUGCGCAGCCAAGCAGAGGCACAAAGAACCCUGGCCAUAGAGAGCCAGGCCUUCCAGACCCUGGCAGAUGGAACUUUGGCCUGGAUCAGAGACCUGCAGCAGCAAAUGGAGGCUCUAGACAGAGGCAGUAAGGGCAACCAGGCAGAGAUUGAGGAGCGACUGCAGAGAGUCCAGGACUUCUUGAGUCUCAGGAUUGAAGGAGAUGCAAGGCUGCGGGACCUGAGGAGCAGUGGGCAGGAGCUGUCAGAUCGGCAGGAUUUGGAGGAGAGCAGGAGGACUGAAGUCCUGCAGAUACUGCAUGAUGCAGAACAAGAUUGGAAAGCAGUCAUGCAGUGUGCAGAGGAACUGCGCAGUCAAGUAGAGGCACAGAGAACCCUGGCCAUAGAGAGCCAGGCCUUCCAGACCCUGGCAGAUGGAACUUUGGCCUGGAUCAGAGACCUGCAGCAGCAAAUGGAGGCUCUGGACAGAGGCAGUAAGGGCAACCAGGCAGAGAUUGAGGAGCGACUGCAGAGAGUCCAGGAUUACUUGAGUCUCAGGAUUGAAGGAGACGCAAGGCUACGGGACCUGAGCAGCAGUGGGCAGGAGCUGUCAGAUCGGCAGGAUCUGGAGGAGAGCAGGAGGACUGAAGUCCUGCAGAUACUGCAUGAUGCAGAGCAGGAGUGGAAAGCAUUCAUGCAGUCUGCAGAGGAACUGCGCAGUCAAGUAGAGGCACAGAGAACCCUGGUCAUAGAGAGCCAGGCCUUCCAGACCCUGGCAGAUGGAACUUUGGCCUGGAUCAGAGACCUGCAGCAGCAAAUGGAGGUUCUGGACAGAGGCAGUAAGGGCAACCAGGCAGAGAUUGAGGAGCGACUGCAGAGAGUCCAGGGUCUCCUCAGGCUGAGGGCUGAAGGAGACGCCAGGCUGAAGGAGCUGAGCAACAGCGGGCAGGAGCUGUUAGAGCGACAAGGUCUGGAGGAGAGCAGGAAAAGUGAGGUCCUGCAAGCUCUGCAUGAUGGAGAGCAGGAGUGGAAAGCAGUCAUGCAGUCUGCAGAGGAACUGAAUAGCCUUUUUCAGGGUGUGAGUGAGCGCCUGCUGGCCUGUCGGUGCCAGAAGCAGCAGGCCCAGACCCGCUUGGAGCAGCUCCAGAAGCAGACUGCAGGUGUCCCCCGCUUGUUCCCUUGGCCCGGGCUAGGGGAUCGCCGUUUGGCUGCAGAUCUGGCUCAGUCCCUGCUGGACUGCUCCAUGGCGCUGGCUCCCACGCUUUCUACCCUACAGGCCCAGGGGGUGGAACUCUUUCAGCUCACUCAUGAUCAUAGCUGGAUCGACCCCUCCUGGGCUGAGCUUGUUGACUCUAUUCCUCCUUUGGUGAAAGACCUUGAGGGGCUGUAUCACGACCUGAAGGAGGGCAUCUGUGUCGAGCGGGAGUGUGCCCAGCUCGUGGAGCAGCACAGUGCAGCCCAGGACUGGCUCCGUGACCAGGUCUCGGCAAUCGGUGCCCUGUCUGACAGUAGACAAGACCUGCAGAGCAUGGUCAAUACACUGAAGGCCUUGUUGCAGACUGCAGACAGGGAGGAGAAAGAGUUGAGGGACCUGGAGGUUGUGAAAGACUCCCUAUGGGGUGGCUGCAGCCCCAGUGGGCAGAUGACCCUGGCUGCGGAGGUGGGCCACCUGCACGAGCUCCAAGCCUCCUCUGUGGAGGCGUUGCAGGAGCGGCUAUGGGAAUGUGAGGUCCGGUUGCGGGAGCUGGAUGAGCAGUUGGCCUCAAGAGUCCAGGCCUUGAGAGAAGAGACCUCCAGCCUGCAGAGGGUGCUGCAGGAGCAGAGUGAGCAUCUGGCUUAUAGGGGGCAGCUUGCAGAUCUCAGCCAGGUCCAACAACACUGGCAGUGUCUGAAGGACUGUGAAGGACAUCUGGAGGAGCUGGGAAGGCAAGUGGAUAGACUGCAGCUAGCUGUGGGGUUAGAGGGUGCGGAGGGAGAGCUUCCCAUGGAUGUGGUCACCACUGUGGCUGCCCUGGCUUUGGAGCACGGCAGGCUCAAAUCCAUGCUCACAGAAAGGCAGGCUGACUGUUCAGGGGAGUCUGCUCGCUGUGUGACAGAGUCUCUCCAGGCUCUGGAGCAGUGGGUCCAGUCCACAAGCACAAUUCUGCCCACUGAGUCGGCACUCUCCAUCCAGGCGACUCUCAAUGACGGAGAACAGCUGUUGAACAGCCUGCAGGGCGCACUGUCACACAGCCCAUUCCUGAUGAACCUGCUGGGUACUGACAGGGCGGGCCGGCUGGAGACGGCAGGAAACAGUGCCCUGAAGGAGGCCAAUUCUCAGGUUCACGCUCUGACUCAGUGCCUUCAGGAUCUUGCAAAGAAAGAGAAACUGGAAGAACAGAAAAGCCCAACUUUGACACAGGGUAACCUUGCUGGUGAGGAGGCUGUGUCCACCGAGGCUGAGACGCCUACCACUGAUACCACCAUGGACCUCCCAAGGUUCCUCUCUACCUUGCCUCCUUUACAAGAGUCCUCGCAUGAGGGCAAGCAGGUCGAGCUACAUCCUUGCGAGAUGAGCACUGCAGACACGCAGCCCAAGCCACCCCCACGCAUCAAGGUCCAGCAAAAAGGUUCCACAGCAGUCGGUACAACUGUAAGCCAGCAAUCUAAUGCUACUGUCACAAUAACAGAUGCUCAAACUCUGGAGUUAAUUACCCAGGACAGGACAGAGAACAUAUUCAGUUUUGACAAUCAGGGCCUCGUAAUAACGGAGUGCAGCACUGCAAAACGGGUGAGUCAAGACGCUUAUACUUCUAGUCCUGAAGUGGGUAUGGUCAUCGAUGGACAGACACAGCAUGCUACCGCUCGUGACCAUGAUUCUUUGCCAGUAGAUGAGAAGAAUAUUCCGGUUGCUCAGUCAGAUAAGAUGACUGGGCUUGUUCUGGAUACUGAGAUGCUACAUGUUCAAACAACAGACACAUGGCAGGCAGUAAAUACUGAGUCUGUGCACACUGCUGCCUCUGGGACAGUGAUAACUGACAUGGCAGCCACAGACACUACCAAGGAACAACCUAUUGUCCCUGAUAUAUCUAUGCAGCAUUCCCAUAGUAUGGAUAGUGUCAGAGAAGACGCACAAUCCGCCUCUGCCCUUUGCCAGAAAAUAUUGCUAGAUGUUAGCACAUUGCAAGGGGAGACCACAGUUGGUGAGCAAAUCUCGAUUCCACCAUUUGAGCAGGAGCUUGAUCAAAAGACAUUGGCCACAGCUUCACCAAUCCCACCCACAGAGACACAGGAAAUUGAAAUGCUUCUGCACAGUGAAACUGAACCUCGGAUAACGGAGCAGAUGACUCUUGCUUUGGAAUUAAAUGAAUCACUAAAGGAGGUACGUACAUUAGCUGAUGCACAGCAUUUGAAGAUUGUGGAAAGUUUGGACCAACAGGAUGAAGGACAGUGCAAAAGUAAGGUUCAGGGUGACAGGAACUUUGAGAAUAAUGAACAGCCAACUGAGGAACCUCCUACUGCAGCUGGAACAUCACUUAAUGAAACACGGAAGACGAGAAUCCCUGACUCUAUACAGGAGCCACGUGUGGAAGAUUCUGUGGCAGAGAGCAUCACAGAGGCUGGAAAUGAGUUGGCUCAUGGACCGGAAGCCGCGUUUGUACAGGCUCAGGGGCCUGUACCUCCGCCUAGGCGACGAUCGAAAGAGCAGAAGGUCCACGGGGAGUCUAUGGUGAAUGGGAAAGCAGAAAUGCCUAAAAUGCAACAGUCUAACGAAAGCCUGAUGGCAGGUGAUGAGAUCCCUGCUGAAGGCAGGGAGGGGCUCAGCACAGAAGGUCUCCCACAAGAACCCUGCAUUGAGUCUGCCAUGCACAAGGUCUUUGUAAAGGUGGAGCAGCUGGUAGAGACGGGACCGAACCAUUGUUUCAUCUGGGCGGAGCCACUAGGCGCAGGUGCAGACACUCUGGAUAUCUCAGAGAGAGACCUGGAGGCCCGACUGAGCAGGGUGGUCUUCACAGCCCUGAGCUGUCAGAAUCGGCCUGCUGAGAUUGAUGCUGCUGCCAUGGCCCAGCAGGUGGAGGAGGCUGAGGCUUGCAGGGUGUCUGCAAAGGAGCAGCUGGCCUCCUUAAACCUCCAGGCAGCGUGUGAGGGUGAAGGCGCAGAGACCAUGCGAUUCGCCGAGACGCAGUGGACCGAAGCCUUAUGGGAUGCAGAGGCUGCCGUUUGCACCAAGGACCGCCAGCUGCAGCUCUCCAUGCAGCUUCAGAGGCUGGCCCAGGCUGCCAGGGCCACACUGGGCAGACUGGCGGCACAGUUUGAAGCCCUGACAUCGAUGCCCAUGGAGAGCAGCUCACAAAGAGCAGAGGAACUAAAGGCUUUUUUGCAAAACAUGGAGCAUGAGAGGUCCGUGCUGGGAGAACUGCUGCAGAUCCAUUCCCAAAUGUGGCCUUAUCUGGGCCAGCCAGAUCGAUCAGUAAUUCAGUCCCAGCUGGAUGGGCUGCAAGAGGAGUGGAGGAUCCUGAGGAGAGCUGUAGAGACCUCUCUGUACCGCCUCUCAGUCCUCAACCAGGAGGUCAGCAGUUUUCUCUUGGAGACCCAGGACCUUCACCAUCAAAUUGAGACGCUAGAGAAGAUCCUGGGCCCUUCUCAGGCUACUCCUGUACAGUGGAACGGCAAGAGAGCUGGGGAGCUAUUGAUAGUGAGCGCGGACUUGGCGGCUGCCAGGCAGUGGUAUCUGCAGUUGCAGCACACGGCCGAAGCUCUUGAACAGGCCUCUCCAGGUGAAAUGGAGAAGAGGAAUAUUUCUGUGGCCCUCCAGGGUGUGAAGAAGGAGGUGGACCGCGUGCGAGACCGGCUCUCUGCACAAAUGCCAUGUAGCUGUGAUGCCACGAUGGUUAAAAUCAUGAAAGUGAUGCAGGAGUCAUUCACCGCGGUGAAGCAAACAGAAAAAAACACCGAAGCUGAGAAGAAGGUGGCCCUUCUCCCACAAGAGGCCCAUCGGCAAAUCAAAGCUUUAAAGAAGCUUCAGGCAGACUUUGCAGAUAAGCAAGCUCAUUUAGCAUGUCUGGUGGAGGAAGUGAAGGAGCUGACGGCCAAACUGCAGGAAGCGGACGUUCCCGUGGUGCUGUCGUCGCUCAAAUUCCUGGAGGAUCUGUCUCAGUCAACUUCGGAAAAGCUAGCCCGAGCCUUGCAGAUGGUGGAGUCUGGCUUGCAGGUGAGAGAAAAGAUGUCUGUUCAAAUUACAGACGUGGAUGCCUGGGUGGUGGCCCAUAUCAGGGCAGAGGCUACUAUGGAAGUCCCCAGUGACAGCAGGACGGUUGACUUGGAUCAUAGACUUUGGCAGCUCCAAGAUACUCUCCAAGAGGCUGAUAGGCAGGCAGCAGUCACAGAGGCCCUGAUAAUGAAGAGCAAGGACAUCUCCUCAGAGCUUAGCAUUGAUGAAAACUGCCGUCUCAGUGCCAAACUCACAGGUCUCCAGGAGGAGAUUAAGACUAUUAUCAGCCGUGAGAGAGCAACCCGCCUGGAGCUGGAGGAGUUGCUGAAAGAAAAGGACUCCUCACAGAAGAACUGGACCUCAGCUGAAAAAAAGCUUAGGCAGAUAUCAUCAGACUUAAAAAAAUGCGGGCUUCCCAUAACUAAAGACUCACUCGUGUAUUUGCAGCCCUUUAAACACAUGAUUCUAGAGCUGAGGUGCCAGGUGGACCAACUACACAACUGCUCUGAUGACAGCAGAAAAGAGUUGCUGUGUAUCAUCGUUGAAUUGCAGAACAAAAUUGACAAAAUGUGUGCGAAGUCUUCUGAACACGAGAAGUACUUAUGCUACAGGCGGCAGAUUGAUGGCUUGAAAGUAAGCGCGGAAGCACAGGUCCUACAGAUGAAGGACCAAAACUUCAAUCAGGAGGACCAGUAUACUGCUGGUCUGGCUCUCCUUAUCCAGUUCCCACUGAUGAAGAGGCUGUGUCAGGAAGCCAUUGACCACCUUCAGGAGAUCUCACCAGACCUAUAUCCAUCCCAGUUCAGCUUAGAGAGGCAGAAGAUCCAGGAGGCUUUGGAGAUCUUCUCCACCUGGGAACUGACUGUCCAUAACAACAUCAGGAUAGUGGAGUGGGAACUACUUAACGCACUCCACUACCCUACUGAACGCAGGGCCCUGUUGAGCUUCCUAGAGCAGGCUGAAAAGGACAUGCAGAAGUCCUGCCUAGUGAGCCCCAAUGAGGAAGCUGUCAACCGAGAGCUGAAAAAGUGCUUGGCUCUCCAGAAAAACAUAGAGGCCAGGAUUCUAGUGCUAGAGGCCCUGGAGCACAAGAGUGAGGCAGGACAGAAGGGACCAUGGCAAACUGUUAGUGAUGUGGAGCUGCAGAAGGAGAAGACUUUGAAGGCCUGUCACCUGCGAAUGGAGAGCUUGUCACGCGCCCGGGAAGCAUUGAGGAACUGCAAUGCCACCUACAGAGGUAUUAUUGGGCUUCUCCAAGAUGCCGAGCGCGUCGUCCUCCCUGGCCUCUGCCGGAUCGGGCCCUGCAGGGAUGUGCUUCAUAUUGUCCGGAAUGCUCUGGUCAGCUUGAAUGAGGAAUUCCGAGGCCACGUGGAGCAGUUGCAGGCGCUGGUCCCUCAGCAGGCUUCGCUCUUCCACGACCAGGCCGAGCAGCUCCAUCACAGGGUCCUGAGUCAGUUGCUGGUAUGGCUCUCUGUGCUCCAAGCGCAAGGUCAGCUCCAUCUGGAGGCCUUGGAGAGGUGUACAGAAAAGCUGAGUGUCUUUCAGUUGAGGCAUGAAGAAACACUGCAGCAGCUGAUGGCCUCCGAAUCCAGGCUUUCAGAGUGCAUCUCAGACAAAGUGACCUCACUUAAUGAGUGUUUGGACCAGCAAGAAAAAUUACGGGCGCUGGUGCAGGAAGUGGACUCUCUGCAGGGGAGGUUAGCCGAGCUGCGGGAGUGGUGCCCACAUCAGGGGUGCAGUAGGACCAGAGCAGAGCUCAUUAACACCACCUGGAGGCGGUGGGUGCGACUGCAGCGUUCCACCCAUAACCUCCGUACACGUUCAGAGCAACGAGCCUUAGAGUGGAGGAACGUCGACCAGAGCGUGGACAGGGCUGUCACUGUGCUGGACCAGUUGUGUCAUGAGCUACCAGACAAACGUGGCCAGACGGCCUCCCUAGAGGAGCCGCAGGAGCUGCUGACACACCUGGAGCAGUACCUGGAAAGGCUGGACUGCGAGCACCGGGCCCUGACCGCCCUGGAACUGCAGGUAGCGCGUCUCCUGGGAGUCCCCGCCCACCAGGAACAGACUCCGCCCAUCACCCUCUGCCAGAAGCUGCAAAUGAUGCAGGACCAAUACAAAGAACUGAAAGAGAGAGGCAUGCUGGACCGGCGGGCUGCACAGAUGGAGGUACAGGAGCGAGAGCGAGUGAAAGAGGAGAUCCAGGGCAUUCAGGAAUGGUUGCUGAGGACCUCAUCCCUCCUCUCCGUGCAGGAGCACACCCCUAACUCCCAGGAACUGCAGGACAUCCAGGCCAAUCUGGGCUCCCAGAAGACCUUGCUGCAGGGCAUCAUGGAUGGCCUGCGGAUGAAGUACUCGGAAAUGUACUCCUUGGUUCCUACGGAGAUCGACGCGCAGCUGCAGGAGGCCACACGCUCCCUGCAAGAGGUGGAGCAGAAGGUGGGGGUGGUAGUGGAGAAGAACAGCCCCCUCCACAGGCUGUCUGACAGGGAGGCUGAGAUCCGGGAGGGUUUGCAGUCAGUGCUGGCCCUGCUGGAGCAGCAGAGCUCCACAGCAUCAGAGGCUGAGAUUAUGCAGAAGCGUGUGUGGGACGAGCUGGAUCUCUGGCACUCCUGCAUGGCGGCACUGGAGGUGGAGGUGCAGGACCUGUUGGAGGAGCAGCCUGAGGAGGGCCAGCUGCUGAUGGAAAAGUUGAUGGAGACACGGCAGCUCCACCAGCGUUUUGCUAAACGGGCUGAACUGAGGACCAGCUUCCUGGGCAAGAUCCACACCUCGCUGAAGGAACAUGAGGAGAUGAUCAGGAGCUCCAACUGCUGGCUGAUUGAGGCUCAGUCCUGGCUGGAAGCGCCAUCUGUUUACAUCACAGCUAAGUGCCUCAACAGCCAUGCUUCCGCCCUGCAGAGCGUCCUAAACGACUCAGAACAGGUGAGGAGGACGCUUCAGGCCUUCAUGCUGGUGCUACAGGAGAUCUCCGCAGUGUGUGACACAGCUGCUCUGGAAGAGCAGCUUGCCCAGGCUGACCAGAGGGUCGCCGCCAUGCAGCAAAGCAUUGUGGGUCCACAAUCUGAGCUUGACCGUGCCGCCACAGAGGUGGACGCCAUGGAGACGAAGAUGAAGAUGAUGGAGAAAACCCUGGACGAGGUCAGGUCUGCCUUCUCCAUUGAGAGUGUGGCCACCCUCAGUCCAGAGGAUCAGCUUAGGGCACAACAGGUGGCUCAAGACACACUCCAGGCAAUGAGGAAAACGACCACUGACCUGGAGAUGUGCAAAGGGAAUCUGCGUCUUCCGGAAGGGGCCAGUGAGACCUUGAGCGUCUUCCAAACAGCCAAACAGCUCCAGCUGCAGAUACAGGGCCUUGAGCAGGAACUCAGUGAGUGGAGCGCCACUCUGCAGGCCGCUGUCAGCGUAGCAGCAGCAAAGCAGGAUGAGACAGUGGCAGCGGGCAGCCCAGCAGUGCCAAGUCAGGGUCCUGUUUUGGAGGAAUCCGAGGAGAGUGAAAUGGAGGAGGGUCAGAUCCACAUUGUGCACCUGGAGGAGGAUGCACUGAAGAAAAGCGGGGCGUCACUCAGGGUCGUGGAGGAGUCAACCCCUGAGCAGAGGAUGCACUGGAAUGCUGAGAGGGUCAGCAUAUAUGAGGAUGCCCUCACGGGUGAGGAGCAGACUGCAGUGCCAGGUGGCACUGCUGAGCUCACAGGUGGUGUGACCGAGCCCUGCCCUGAAGGUGGAACCGAGGUCAUGGCGGCAGUCCUGCUCCCAGCUGCUGCCGACGUGGAAGGAGCCAGGCCCGAGCCUGGAGCCACAGGCAGCCAAGAGUCCCUCUCUCAGUGCCUGGAGCUCAUGGGACACAGUAGGCUUGCAUGGAGGGGGGCAGAAUGCCAGCCAGGGGGGCUGAAGAGACACAGCCUGGGCUCUGGCGCUGUAAAGCCGCUCAGGAACGCCGCCACUGCCACACACACACACUUGGGUGCACGUCUGACGGAGGUCUGGCACGAGGCCAUAGCCAGCAGAGACACACACUUGCGGGGCUCGCUCAUGUUCUCCGAAGGCGGGGAAAUGCCAGGCCACGAGUCCCCUGAUGCCAAAGCCAACAGCCUGUCUCAAGACUGUGAAACUGCCCCUGAGGAUCUUCUUUCUGGCCCAACGGCGAGGGACAUGCAAACACCAACCAAAAUCAUUCAUCUUCGCACUGAUAACCGGGCUACGGCCCCUAGGACUCCUAAGGUGACUGUCACCGAUUACCAGGCUACAGCCCCCUGGCUGCCUAUAGAGACUGACACUGACCACCAGGCUACAGCCUUCAUGUUGCCUAUAGAGACUGACACUGACCACCAGGCUACAGCCUCCAUGCUGCCUGUAGAGACUGACGCUGACAACCAGGCUACAGCCUCCAUGUUGCCUAUAGAGACUGACACUGACCACCAGGCUACAGCCUCCAUGCUGCCUGUAGAGACUGACACUGACCACCAGGCUACAGCUUCCAUGCUGCCCGUAGAGACUGACACUGACAACCAGGCUACAGCCUCCAUGCUGCCUAUAGAGAUUGACAAUGACAACCAGGCUACAGCCUCCAUGCUGCCUAUAGAGAUUGACAAUGACAACCAGGCUACAGCCUCCAUUCUGCCUAUAGAGACUGACGCUGACAACCAGGCUACAGCCUCCAUUCUGCCUAUAGAGACUGACACUGACCACCAGGCUACAGCCUCCAUGCUGCCUAUAGAGACUGACACUGACCACCAGGCUACAGCUUCCAUGCUGCCCGUAGAGACUGACACUGACAACCAGGCUACAGCCUCCAAGCUGCCUAUAGAGAUUGACAAUGACCACCAGGCUACAGCCUCCAUGCUGCCUGUAGAGACUGACGCUGACAACCAGGCUACAGCCUCCAUUCUGCCUAUAGAGACUGACACUGACCACCAGGCUACAGCCUCCAUGCUGCCUAUAGAGACUGACACUGACCACCAGGCUACAGCCUCCAUGCUGCCUAUCGAGACUGACGCUGACAACCAGGCUACAGCCUCCAUGCUGCCUAUAGAGACUGACACUGACCACCAGGCUACAGCUUCCAUGCUGCCCGUAGAGACUGACACUGACAACCAGGCUACAGCCUCCAUGCUGCCUAUAGAGACUUACCACCAGGCUACAGCCUCCAUUCUGCCUAUAGAGAUUGACAAUGACAACCAGGCUACAGCCUCCAUUCUGCCUAUAGAGGCUGACGCUGACCACCAGGCUACAGCCUCCAUUCUGCCUAUAGAGAUUGACAAUGACAACCAGGCUACAGCCUCCAUUCUGCCUAUAGAGACUGACACUGACCACCAGGCUACAGCCUCCAUUCUGCCUAUAGAGACUGACACUGACAAGGAGGCUACAACCCUCAGGCUGCCUAUAGAGCCUGACGCUGACCACCAGGUUACAGCCUCCAUUCUGCCUAUCGAGACUGACGUUGACCACCAGGCUACAGCCUCCAUGCUGCCUAUCGAGACUGACGCUGACAACCAGGCUACAGCCUCCAUGCUGCCUAUCGAGACUGACGUUGACAACCAGGCUACAGCUUCCAUGCUGCCCGUAGAGACUGACACUGACAAGGAGGCUACAACCCUCAGGCUGCCUAUAGAGCCUGACGCUGACCACCAGGUUACAGCCUCCAUGCUGCCUAUAGAGUUUGACAAUGACAACCAGGCUACAGCCUCCAUUCUGCCUAUAGAGACUGAGACUGAUCACCAGGCUACAGCCUCCAUGCUGCCUAUAGAGAUUGACAAUGACAACCAGGCUACAGCUUCCAUUCUGCCUAUAGAGACUGACCACCAGGCUACAGCCUCCAUGCUGCCUAUAGAGUUUGACAAUGACAACCAGGCUACAGCCUCCAUUCUGCCUAUAGAGACUGAGACUGAUCACCAGGCUACAGCCUCCAUGCUGCCUAUAGAGAUUGACAAUGACAACCAGGCUACAGCCUCCAUUCUGCCUAUAGAGUUUGACAAUGACAACCAGGCUACAGCCUCCAUUCUGCCUAUAGAGGCUGACGCUGACCACCAGGCUACAGCCUCCAUUCUGCCUAUAGAGAUUGACAAUGACAACCAGGCUACAGCCUCCAUUCUGCCUAUAGAGACUGACACUGACCACCAGGCUACAGCCUCCAUUCUGCCUAUAGAGACUGACACUGACAAGGAGGCUACAACCCUCAGGCUGCCUAUAGAGCCUGACGCUGACCACCAGGUUACAGCCUCCAUGCUGCCUAUAGAGUUUGACAAUGACAACCAGGCUACAGCCUCCAUUCUGCCUAUAGAGACUGAGACUGAUCACCAGGCUACAGCCUCCAUGCUGCCUAUAGAGAUUGACAAUGACAACCAGGCUACAGCCUCCAUUCUGCCUAUAGAGUUUGACAAUGACAACCAGGCUACAGCCUCCAUUCUGCCUAUAGAGUUUGACAAUGACAACCAGGCUACAGCCUCCAUUCUGCCUAUAGAGACUGAGACUGAUCACCAGGCUACAGCCUCCAUGCUGCCUAUAGAGAUUGACAAUGACAACCAGGCUACAGCCUCCAUUCUGCCUAUAGAGAUUGACAAUGACAACCAGGCUACAGCCUCCAUUCUGCCUAUAGAGACUGACGCUGACCACCAGGCUACAGCCUCCAUUCUGCCUAUAGAGAUUGACAAUGACAACCAGGCUACAGCCUCCAUGCUGCCUAUCGAGACUGACGCUGACAACCAGGCUACAGCCUCCAUUCUGCCUAUAGAGACUGACACUGACAAGGAGGCUACAACCCUCAGGCUGCCUAUAGAGACUGACGCUGACAACCAGGCUACAGUCCUCAUGCUGUCUAUAGAGACUAUCGCUGAGAACCAGGCUACAGCCUCCUUGCUGCCUAUAGAGACUGACACUGACCACCAGGUUACAGCCUCCAUUUUGCCUAUCGAGACUGACGUUGACCACCAGGCUACAGCCUCCAUGCUGCCUAUAGAGACUGACGCUGACCACCAGGCUACAGCCUCCAUGCUGCCCAUGGAGACUGACAAUAUGGAGACUGACGGUGACCACCAGGAUGUUGCUCCUACACCCACACAGUCCUUUGAGACCUCCCACACCCAUGUAGUGCCCGGCGACACAUUCAGUCCUUCUCAGGAGGAUCCAGUUGCUGCACCUCCAGCUGCUGACCUGACCUCAAAGCAGCCUCACCCUGCCCUGGAGGGCCUCCAGGUGUGCCGCCACCAGGCCACCCAGUUGGAGCACUGGCUGGAAGGGGCCCGCCGCAGCCUGAGCGUACCGCCACCAGCCGCUGGAAUGCAGGACGGCAUAGAGCAGGAACUCCUCACCUGCCAGGAAAUGUUUCGGGAGAUAGAGCAGAAGGUGGCGAGCCUGACGGCCUUGGCCCAGGAAGACACUCUGGAGCUCUCUGCCAAGCUGAAGCUUCUGAAAAACAGUCUGGUCACCUUCCAGGUGCAGCUUCUGGAGAGACACAGCCUGGAGCCGAAUGCACAGUGCCCCCUAGAGGAUGGGAUGAAGCACAGCACAAGCGUGCAGGAGAUGUUGGCCUCCUCUAAAAGCAAACUCAUGCGACAGAACAGCCUACAGCAGCAAAGGGAGCUGGAACACGAGCUGAGUGAGCAGAGAGACCUGACCAAGGCCAUCGUCCAGCAUGGCAGGAGAACAAGCCAGCAGAUCCUGCCGGGGGAGAGCCCGACGAAGGCACCCGCAACGGCCCAGGCCCGGGCUCCUGAUGCUUCUCCCAGGCAGUCCAAUGUGGCUGAGAACCAGGACAAAUGGACCCACCUUCAUGGGCGCCUGACUCACGCAUUUCAGGCCUUGGAAGACAGCAUCCGUGAGGUUCCCCAAGAGGUGACGAGGACAGCGCUAGGUGCCGCCCAGAGUGUGCCUGAGAUGACAAGUCAUGUGAUGCGUCUCCAGGAGCUCAGCCACGCCUUGAGUGUGUCACCUUCACAAGCAAGCCUCACUCAGCUGGAGCAGGACCUUUUUAAGACUCUGUGCGGGGUGGACCUGUCCCUCUGCAGUGCUAAUGACCUGCUGCUUUCUCCUGGCGAUGGGCCUCAUGAGUUGAAGCAGCUGCAGAGUCUGGCGGCAGAGAUGUCUGUCCUCGGCGAGGAGCUGGGUGCCCCGCAGUGGUCAGAGGCGGACCGUGUCCUUGUACUGGUCUCCCCGGGAGCGUCUCUCUGUUUCAGGAGUCUGCAGGACCAUCUGACCUCCGUGCAGACGGCCCUCUCCUCUCGACAGGCCCUGCUGCAGGUCCAGGGGGGACGCACAGAUCAGUGCCAGAAAGACAUAAAGGCACUGCAUGCUUCCCUGCUCGCUGAAAUGUCCCAUUUGCACAGAGCGAUUAGCGGAGCCGCUGGCCGCAGCCUUACCGAACAGCUAGAGACAGCUGCACAGUUGCUGUCCGAGCUGCAGUCGCAGGAGCAUCGAGUGUCUGUGGUGAGGGAGAGGCUGGAUGGUCAGUGUCAGCCGGCUAUUCUCCUGGAGGAGGUCUGCAGGCUGGAGGAUAUGCUGGAGGGAGCCUGGGCUUUCCUACGUGACCAGCAGCAGCAGCUGAGGAGCGAGUGGUCUCUGCAAAAUCAGUACCACAGGCUGAUCCAGAGUCUGUCCAGGCUGGUGGAGAUGGCCCGCGAGCAUCUGUCCUGUAACUCGCUGUCUGAGCUGCGCAGCCAGGCGGAGCUGCGCAGCCGGCUGGUCCGACACAAGAGACUCUUUCAGGCUAUUGGCUCCCAGCUGGUGCUGCUGGAGCACCUCACUGCAAAGCUACCGGAUGGUGUGAGAGCGGAGCUGGAGAGCCAGAGGGUGGAGCUGGAGAGGGACAUGUGCAGUGUGCAGGACCAGGCUGUGGAGCACGGGUCCAUCCUGGAGGUCCUGCUGCAGUCCUGGUUGCAGUGGGAGCAGGGCUGUGAUCAUCUGCGCCGGCUGCUCCAUGACGUGGAGGCAAAUGUGUCCGCUGAGUCGUUGGCAGAAGACUCAGAAGAACAGCUGCGUCAGAGGCUUGGCAUUCACGAGCAAAUGAAAAGAGUCCUGGAAAUGAAUACUCCCCAGCUCUGCCAGGUGCUGGAAUUGGGGAGGCAAAUGACAGCUAGGGGUUGCUGUGGAGCAGUGGGCACAGCCAGCUGUGAACUGGAGGCUCACUGGAGGGAUGCACUGGGAAGACUAGAACGAGAGAGGCAGCAUGCUGAUGCACUUCGGAGCCUCUGGAGCAGGUUCCGCCGUGAUUCAGAGGCCUUACGAGAGUGGGUGGGCGGAGCCACAGGCCGUCUACACACAUGGAGGAAGGACCUGGGCUUGGAGUCGCAGGACCCAGAAAUUGUUCAGACUCGUCUGGGCCAGGUGAUGGAACUGUCCAAGGCGGCAGAGUCCAGGUCCAUCCUGAAGGCAUCCGUGCUGAAUGCCGGCUCGCAGCUGCUGCAGCUGAAGUAUACUGAUGUCACAGUCCUGCGUGCGCAGUUGACGCAGAUGGAGCAGUCGUGGACUGAGCUGCUGUCUGACCUACACGCCGUCCAGGAGAAGCUGCAUCAGCUGUUGAUGGAGCAGCUUCCAUCCCAGGAAGUCGUGCUGGAGCUGGAAGCCUGUAUCCAUGAGAUGGAGGCCAAGCUGGGGGAGAAGCUGGACCGGGGGCCUGCCUCCUCGGCGAGCCUGUCACAGGUUCUCAAGCACUACAAGGAGAUUAAGAUAGAGAUAGCCGGUCACCAGCUCUCCAUAGAUUUUGUCAACCAGUCCUUGCUGCAGACCAGCAGCCCUGACCAACAGGCCACACGCUACCAAGUCACUCACUUUGCCGAGCAGCUCGGGGCCAUCAACCACCGCUGGCUUCUCCUGCAGGGGGCGCUGGAGAGCAAGAUCCAGCAUGCAGAGAACGUGCAGCAGACCUGCGCAAAGAGGGAGCGCAGGCUGCAGCUCCUGCGUAACUGGGUCAGGGCUCGCAGGGAGAGCAUGCCGUUGCUGGAGAAACCGGACAGCCUCUCGACGGCACUGAGAGCCCUGAAGGAGUGUGAGGAGGUCCAGGAGAAGCUGCCGCUGAAGUCGGCUGAGCUACAGGAGCUGAGAGAUUGCCUCCUUCCCCGGGAUGACGUGGGCCCACCACUGGCUGAUGGAUACUUUGUUUCACAAGUGGAUGCUGUUGGAGAGGAGCUCACAGAGCUGAGGCACCAGAUCGGCCCACUAAGGCAGGGCCUAGAGCGGCUGCUGGAACUGUGGACCAGCUUCGAAGAGCGGCUGGAGGCGGCCUCCAUCAGCACAGCCAGGAUUCGCCACUGCCUGCACAGGAGCUGCACUCUCAAGCUGUCCCUCCACAGCGUCCAGUGCCAUGCCCGGCAGCUACAGGCCCUCCAGGAGGAGAUGGAGAGAGGCGGGGAGACCUGGGACACCCUGACUGGGACCCUCUCUGCCCUCAAAGAGGUGGCAGCCCCACCCUCCACACUCCUCUUAUCCCAGCGGCUGGAGGGAGCGAGGAAAGGGUGGGUGGAGGUGGCCCGGGAGCUGGAGGAGGAGCGUCAGGAGGUGGCAGAGCUGCUCCUGUUCUGGCAGCACUCUGCCCGUCUCUCCACCGCCUGCACUCACCGUCUACAGGCCCUCCGGGACCAAAGCCGCGUGGUGCUGGGGGGGCCGGCCGCCCACGAUGGCGACGUUGCUGUGCCGCUUCAGGCCCAGCUGGAGGCAGUUAUUGGUCUCCAGGAGAGCUUAGAAGCCCUGCGGAGCAGCCUGGAUGAGGUCCUGGAGGCUGCAAAGAAGCCCACAGAGCUGAUGGGGCCCCAGGCAGCUGCCUUUGUCCAUUCGCAGAACCGCACGCUGUCCCGCGGGGUCCUACAGCUGGCAGAGGCCCUAUCCAGGAGAAGGGAGUAUCUUCAGGAGGAGUUGGACCUGCUACAGGAGUUUGGCCAUAGCCUCGAGAUGCGGGAGCGCCCCCUGCAGGUCUGUGAGAGCCGCCUGGCCGGAGCCGUAGACCCAGACUCCUCGGGCGUGUCCCAGGCUGAGUGGUUGGACCUGAUUUCCCUCACCCCGGACCUGGAUGCCCUGAACGAGCUGAGCCACAGGGUGGCACCGAGUGACUCGGACGUCCGCAGGCUUCGGGUUCUGAACAGGAAGUGGGCAGAGGCCUCCUCACGUGUCGUCGAGAGGUGCAGCCAGCUCCAGGACGAGCUGCUCCGCUGGCAAAACUUUCAGGAGAAGUGUGCAAGCUGGAUGGCCUUCCUGCAGAGCAUGGAGGACUGCCUGGCUGUGCCAAUCGCCGGCUCCUACUCUGAGCUGCGGGCUCAACUGCGCGUGCAUCAGAGGUUCCAGGUGGAGGUCUCCUUAGGGCACCAGAUCCUGCACUCUGUUGUGAACGAGGCGCUGUGCGUGCUGGAGAGGGGAGAGGUCGAGGACAGAAGCGACUUCCUCCUGAAGCUGUCCCAGCUGCGUCAGCACUGGCAGGGCGCAGUCCAGCGUGCCCAGCAGCGCGGCAGCCUGGUGGGGGCGCUGGUGAGCCACUGGCGACUGUAUACCCGCAGUCAGGCCAAACUGCGGGGGCUGCUGGCUGACACGCAGGCCCUCCUGCCCCCCGCUGGCCCCGUCCACUGCAGCCCCGAGCAACUGCAGAACUCUCAGGAGGACCUUAAGCAUGCAGAGAUGCUGCUCCAGCGGCAGCAGAGCACCUACGCGCAGACGCUGGAGCUCGGUCAGCAGCUCUUCUCCAUGGGAGACGCAGAGACGCAGGCACAGCUGCGGACGGAGCUGGGCUCCCUGCAGGAGGACUGGGAGAGCACCAGCUGUAUGCUGGGAAAACGGAGGACUCUCUCUGACACCAUACUGCAGACCUGGGAGCGGUUCGGGGCCGGACUAGCUGACAGCGAGCGGGAGCUGCUGCAAGCAAAGGCCAAAGCCGCGGAGCCGCUGCCAGGGGCAUGGGAGGAGCUGCAAGUGGAGGAGCAGCUCACCAAGGAGGUCGAGGGCUCGCUGGAGGACUGGGCUCGCAGGCUGACGGAGCUGGCCACCAUGAAGACGGACCUGUCCCAGUACAUCAUGGCUGAGGAUGAGGCUAUACUGGGGGAGCAGGUGGAGGGCCUGCACCAGCAGUGGGAGGACCUCUGCCUGAAGGUGUCCCUGCGCAAGCAGGAGAUUGCCGACAGGCUCAACGCAUGGAUCAUUUUCAAUGAGAAGAACAAGGAGCUUUGCGAAUGGCUGACGCAGAUGGAAAACAAGGUAGCGCACAGCACGGACCUCAGCAUCGAGGAGAUGGUGGAGAAGCUGAAGAAGGACUGCAUGGAGGAGAUCAACCUUUUCAGCGAGAAUAAGACCCACCUGAAGCAGCUGGGGGAGCAGCUGAUCCAGGCCAGCGACAAAGCGAAGGCGGCCGAGGUCAGCGAUAAGCUGGCGGACGUCAGCGACCGCUGGCAGCACCUCUUUGACCACAUAGAGGCCAGGGUGCGGAAGCUGAAGGACACGCUGGUUACCGUGCAGCAGCUGGAAAAAAACAUGAGUAACCUGCGCACCUGGCUGUCCCGCGUGGAGGCGGAGCUAGCCACCCCCGUGGUCUACAGUGUCUGCCACAGUGACGAGAUCCAGAGGAAACUGGUAGAGCAACAGGAACUGCAGAGGGACAUCGAGCAGCACACGGAGGGUGUGGCGUCGGUGCUGACCCUGUGCGAGGUGCUCUUGCGCGACACCGAUGCCUGCAACACCGAGACCGAGAGCGAGUCGAUCCAGGAGACGACGCGCAGCCUGGACCGCCGCUGGAGGAACAUCUGCGCCAUGUCCAUGGAGCGCAGGAUGAGGAUCGAGGAGACGUGGAGGCUGUGGGUCAGGUUUCUGGACGACUACUCCCGUUUCGAGGACUGGCUGAAGAUGUCAGAGGUCAUCGUGGCAAACCCCAAUUCUGCAGACAUCUUGUACACCACUGCCAAAGAGGAGCUGAAGAAGUUUGAGGCUUUUCAGAGGCAAGUCCAUGAGCGCCUCACACAGCUGGAGCUGGUCAACAAGCAGUAUCGGCGCCUGGCUCGCGAGAACCGCACUGACACAGCCUGCAGGCUCAAGCUCAUGGUCCAGGAGGGAAACCAGCGGUGGGACAGCCUGCAGCGACGUGUGACCGCCAUCCUGCGCAGACUCAAGCACUUCACGUCUCAGAGGGAGGAGUUUGAGGGCACGCGGGAGGGGCUUCUGGUGUGGCUGACUGAGAUGGACCUUCAGCUCACCAAUGUGGAGCACUUCUCAGAGAGCGACGUCCAUGACAAGAUGCGGCAGCUCGACGGCUUCCAGCAGGAGAUCACCCUCAACACCAACAAGAUCGACCAGCUGAUUGUGUUUGGGGAGAACCUGAUCCAAAAGAGCACGGCGCUGGACGCCGUGCUCAUCGAGGAUGAGCUGGAGGAGCUGCACUCCUACUGCCAGGAGGUGUUCGGCCGCGUGGCCCGUUUCCACCAGCGGCUCAUCAGCCGCCGGCCGAUGCUGGAAGAGGAGCGGGACACGGAUUUGGAGGACUCCAUGGAACUGUCUGGGGACUCCUGGCAGGAGGAGGGCUUGGCUGUAGUGGGCCGCCACACCGUGUGCCAGGUGUUGGCGCCACCUCUGGAGCCCUCGGGCCGGGAAACGCCCGCCAGUGUGGACUCCAUCCCGCUGGAGUGGGACCACACGGGCGAUGUGGGCGGCUCCUCCUCGCCCGAGGACGAGGACGACGUCACCUUCUACAGCACCCUGUCAGAUGUAGAAAUCACUGAAAGCCCAGAGUCCUUUGUACAGGCGACUGCCAAAUCUCUGCAGGCAGCCCUGGGGAAGUCCAUGAAUGAGCCUCCCACGUGGCACACACCAGAGUCCCGCAGAAGGAAGACUCUGCUCAGAAACAGCAUCCAAAGGCUGGCGUCCCAUGACCCACCACACAGCACACCCUACCAGCAGGGCUAUGCCAAGCUGAUGCUGGAGUGCAGUGGGAGCAUCGACAGCGUGAAGCGUGUGAAGAGGAUGCUGAGCGGCAGCGACCAGGAGGGGGAGCCGGGCCUCACUGGGCUGGUCAGCGUGGACAAACAGACAGGAGUGAUCGAGCGCUGGGAGCUGCUAGAGGCACAGACACUGAACGCCGAGCUGUGCGGCCAACAGGACGCCCAGCAGGGGCAACAGCGAGCUUGUGACUUGAGCGCCAUCACAGCCUGGCUGGGCCAGGUGCUGCCUGAGCUGGAGAGUGAACAGGGACAGGAAGUACCCAGCAGCAUCCAGGACAUGGAGACCAGCAUCAGGAGACUCAAGGAGAUGCAGAAGGCCUUUGAGAACUACAAGGCAGUGAUGAUUUCUGUGAACCUGGGAGCCGGCGACCUCCAGCAGACCAGCACCGUGGACGGUGGGGAGCUGCAGGAGCUCCAGCAGAGCUUGCGUGACAUGAACCGAGACUGGGCUCGGGCUUGCGCCUGCCUGGAGGGCUGGGGGCAGCGGCUGCAUGCUGCCCUCAUGGAGUGCCAGGAGUUCCACGAGACCCUCCAUGGCCUGCUUCUGCUGUUGGCUCACGUGGAGAGUCGGCGCUACAGCGUGGACAUCCAUGACCCCUCGCUGGAGCGCCACAGGCUGCUGGAGCAGCAUGCCACCCUCAGGGGUCUGGAGGGGGAGCUGCUCGGGCGACGGGAGCAGGUACGCGCUCUGCAGGAGAUCUCUUCCCAGCUACUGGUGGAUGCAAUGGGUGAAGAGAGCACCGAGGCCAAGGAGAAGGUGCAUGUCAUCGCCAACAAGCUGCGGCUGCUGCUGCGGCAGGUGGCCCACGACCUGUGCAUGCUGGAGGCGCGGUUGGAGUCCUGGUCUCCCAGUUCAUCCACAACAGGAGGCGGGUUCAGCGACCAAGGACCAAUCGGCAUCCAGUUUUCACGUCCUAAGGAAGCAGGAGCCACUGAGGCGGACUCCCCGGUCGGCCGAAGGGCCAUGAAAAGGGACCCGUCCCCGCCACGCUCAUUCUUCUUCCGCGUGCUCCGUGCCGCCUUCCCACUGCAUCUACUUUUCCUCCUGCUGCUGGUGCUGGCCUGCCUGGUACCUCUGUCUGAAGAGGACUACAGCUGUGCGCUCUCCAACAACUUCGCCCGUUCAUUUUACCCCAUGUUACACUACACCAAUGGACCCCCUCCCACGUGAGCCACGGAAAUCCCUACGUGGACCCAGCCGUGUCCCCAAAAUGUGUGAGACAACCAUUGCUGCCCUAUAAGGACUCGGGAUGGGACCUUUAUGUGGGACGUCUCCAUCUUCACAAAAACAGAACAAAUAUUAUUCAGGCAGUGAGUUCCCUUCGCAAUUUUUAUGGCCGAAAGCAUUUUUUACAACCGUGUUCAAACUGAUCAUUUGCUUGUAUUCAUUUCUGAAUGGAAAUGAAGUAGAAUCCAGUCUUUUUUCAUUUCUUCACUUUUACAGGAAGUUCUAAGGGGUGGCUGUUGGACUAUAAUUGUGUCCACACAGAUUACAAGUGUAUCAAUCAUUCUUUUAACGGAAGUUACAAUUUUUACCCAUUUUAGACUUUUUAUGUUAUCAUUUAUGGGUUUUAGAAGGCUAAUCCUCUUAGAUGUUAACCGUGAAGUUUUACUGGGUAACUGUAGCCUUAGAAUGACAGAAUGCCUUUUGAAGCACAACAUGGCCAGGGAGACGGAACAUGCUGCAUGUGGCAUACAGAUCAGAGUGUUAAGGCACACAUCGUUUCAAAAUUAUUUCUUGAGUGUGUUCUAUUUAUGAGUGCAAAUUUUGUAUUAAGGGGAAGGUGCUAAAAUGUGUGUUAUCAGUAUGUGUCUGUGAGCUGAAGACAAAGCUGUUGGAUGGAAUGGAUGCAAAGGGGUGAGACUACAAUGUGCCAGAAGUCAUGGUGGCGAAGGGCAAUGCUAGAUGUUUGUGUGCCCGCAAAGAGUGACUGGAUUAGCCAUCAGAACGCCCACUGCUGGCUAACAGAGGCUGAUACAUUGACUCUCCCUUGAAUUCCAUUCAUAUUCGAGCAGCAAACCUAUUAUUCAGACAGGAGAAACCGUGUGUCUCUCAAGCUUGUUGGUUGUAAAUAUUACUUGUGUGGCACUUUGUGUACGCCUGAAAUAACUAGAUGAACAAAUUCUAAAUAACAGUGUGUAUAGUGUAUGACUUUAUUUUUGAAUCAUAAUUUAUGGGAUGUACAGUGUAAGCCCUUUUUACUCAACAAUAAAUAUUGUUUGCCAUGAAUAA